ACGGUGCUGUUGAAGCUACGACCUGAUUCUCUAUAGUUUUUUGUUAAAAUCAGUGUUUGUGUUCGCUUGAAUAUGCUUGUGCAAGUAUUUACUUAGUUUUGGAUACUUGAAAAGCCCGCUACCUGCUUACGCGUCGUGACGUAGGCGAUCACGUGAUCUGUAUAUUACCAAAAUAACAGACGCGGAUGACGAGUUGAAGCUAACCUCAAAGUUGUUAUUGGCGUUGCGACUUUGCGUGCAAAAGGUUAACUCUUUAAGAGAAUUUUCCUUCAGUUUUCGUCGUAAAUAGAGAAGUUUUAAACGAUCGGACAGAAAGUUAAGUUAAUAUCAACAUGGUGCAGGAAGAAGUAAUAUUACCUCCAGGUUUGGAACACUCGUUUGUUCAGAGGCGAAGCCAGGAGUUCUACGAGCCUGCGUCAGAAAAAGUUGUGAAUGGAAAAAAAUCCGACAAAAACAGGCCGAAGAAGAGGAAGAAGAAGAAGAAGAAGCAAAGGAACACUGAAGAGAAGAAAGAUGAUAAUGCAAACGACGCGGAUAUCAGCGGUACGGAUCCCGAACCGGAGAUUGAGUAUAUACAGGAGAUUCCCACAGUCAACGACCUCGAGCCUAUGUACAGACAAUUUGCCAAAGUUUUCGAGGCAUUCAAGUUGGUUGAGCCUGACAAGGACAAAGCUGAUGGAGCUGAGGCUGUCAGUCAGAAUCCGCAGCUAAGUGCAGCUACAGCAGCAGCUGGUGCCAUUGCCAGCAAACUUGGAGCACUCGUCGACGAAUACGAAGAAGACAUACAGGCCCACCAGAAACAGCAGCAGCAGGCUGCAGAAGAAAGUGGCGCUCCACGCAUUUCUAAAAGGAAGAUGAAGAAAUUAACAAGGCUCAGUGUAGCUGAACUCAAACAACUGGUUGCAAGACCAGACGUUGUAGAGGGCCAUGAUGUUACAGCCCGUGACCCCAAGCUGCUGGUACAACUUAAGGCGCACAGAAACACUGUGCCUGUUCCCAGGCACUGGUGUUUCAAACGAAAGUAUCUGCAGGGCAAGAGGGGUAUAGAAAAGCCUCCGUUCGAUUUGCCUGCAUUUAUCAAGAGUACUGGCAUUACAGAAAUGAGGGCCAGUUUACAAGAAAAAGAUGAGUCCAAAACUCUGAAGGCUAAAAUGAGAGAAAGAGCUAGGCCUAAAUUGGGUAAAAUUGAUAUUGAUUAUCAAAAGCUGCACGAUGCCUUCUUCAAAUGGCAAACCAAACCUAGAAUGACCAUUCAUGGAGAUCUCUACUAUGAAGGUAAAGAGUUUGAAACUCGUCUCAAAGAAAAGAAACCUGGUGACUUGACCGAUGAGCUAAGAACAGCUCUGGGCAUGCCUAUUGGGCCUAGCUGUAAUAAAGUACCUCCACCCUGGCUUAUUGCUAUGCAGCGUUAUGGACCACCACCCAGUUAUCCUAAUUUAAAGAUUCCUGGAUUGAAUGCUCCGAUCCCAGAAGGCUGUGCAUUUGGUUAUCAUGCUGGUGGAUGGGGUAAACCUCCAGUAGAUGAAACAGGCCGACCUCUUUAUGGAGAUGUCUUUGGAGUGGCCCGUACAGCUGGAGGUGAUAAUUUGGAUGAUGAAGUAGACAAAGGUAUGUGGGGUGAACCCGAAUCCGAAUCAUCUGGAGAUGAGGAUGAAGAAGAAGAAGAGGAAGAAGAAGAUGAAGAAGGCAAGGAAGAUGCUACUGGUCUCGUUACACCUGGAGCUGAAGGUCUUAUAACUCCAAGUGGUAUUACAUCCAUACCAGCUGGCUUGGAGACACCAGAAACCAUUGAGCUGAGAAAGAGGAAAAUUGAGAGUGAAAUGGAAGGUGGUGAUACUCCUGCCUUGUUCACCGUACUUCAAGAGAGAAGAACUGAAAAUUUGGGUUCAAGCAUGAUGGGUAGUACGCAUGUUUAUGACAUGACUGGAGCAGGAGGACAAGCACCGCCAUCGGUUAUAGCUGCGAGACGUGGUGUGGUUUCAACAUCUGAACAACGGGCUACCGAAAGAGAAGGAGCCGUUGAAUUGGCACUUGAUCCUAGUGAGUUGGAUCUAGACUCAGAAGCUAUGGCUACUCGUUACGAAGAAACAAUGCGAAAUCGACAAGCUUUGCGUCGAGAAGAUUUAUCCGAUAUGUUGCAAGAUCACGUUCAAAGGCAAAAGAGCAAGCGAAAACGCCAGCAGACGCAAGAUACGAAAUCGUCGAAGAAAUACAAAGAAUUCAAAUUUUAAGGGCUUGAAAUAUUAUGUAAUAGAACAUGUAAAUAUUAUAAUGAUUAUAAAAAUAAAUUUUCUAUUCACAAACAGAA